AUGAGGCUUCUUAUAUCAGCUCUAUGUGUGACUGUGCUAUGCUCUUGUGCAGUGGCGUAUGAUCCUUUGGAUCCUGACGGAAACAUAACGAUCAAAUGGGAUGUUGUGUCAUGGACAGCAGAUGGCUACGUGGCGGCGGUAACGAUGAGCAAUUUCCAAAUGUACCGCCACAUAAUGAAUCCGGGAUGGACAUUAGGAUGGUCAUGGGCUAAGAAAGAAGUUAUAUGGUCAAUGGUAGGAUCUCAAACAACUGAGCAAGGAGAUUGUUCUAAAUUCAAAGGAAAUGUGCCUCAUUGCUGCAAGAAAACUCCAACAGUUGUAGACCUUCUCCCUGGUGUACCUUACAACCUACAAUUCUCUAACUGUUGUAAGGGUGGAGUUGUAGCAGCAUGGGGACAAGACCCUUCAUCAGCUGUUUCGUCUUUUCAAAUCAGUGUUGGACAAGGUGGUACUUCAAACAAGACAGUUAAACUUCCGAAGAAUUUCACUCUCUCGGCUCCCGGACCUGGCUAUACUUGCGGUCCUGCAAAGAUUGUUCCUUCCACCACUUUUCUCACCUCCGAUAAGCGCCGCAAAACUCAAGCACUUAUGACAUGGAAUGUAACAUGUACUUACUCACAAUUUCUUGCAAGAAAGAACCCAAGUUGCUGUGUAUCUUUGUCAUCUUUCUAUAAUGAGACUAUUACCCCUUGUCCUUCUUGUGCUUGUGGAUGCCAGAACAAGAAGAAUUGUGUCAAGGGUCAUUCCAAAUUCCUGGACAUGGUAGGGUUACAUACACCAAAGAGAGACAAUGAACCAUUGCUACAAUGCACUCAUCAUAUGUGCCCUAUCAGGGUACAUUGGCAUGUGAAGGUUAACUAUAAGGACUAUUGGAGAGUCAAGAUAGCUGUGACAAACUUCAAUUAUAGAUUGAAUUAUUCUCUUUGGACUCUUGCUGUACAGCAUCCAAAUCUUAACAAUGUCACACAAGUUUUCAGCUUUGAUUACAAGCCUUUGCUUCCCUAUCAAUCCAUAAAUGACACAGGUAUGUUCUAUGGCAUGAAAUUCUUCAAUGAUCUCUUGAUGGAAGCUGGACCAAGUGGAAAUGUUCAAUCAGAAGUGCUUCUUCAAAAGAACAAGGACACAUUCACUUUCAACCAAGGAUGGGCAUUUCCUAGAAGAGUUUACUUCAAUGGUGAAGAAUGCAUGAUGCCACCACCAGAUACCUACCCUUACCUCCCUAAUUCUUCCCCUGUGAAUGCCCUCAACUUCCAAGCAUUCAUUACCUCAUUCCUUCUCUUGCUAGCUCUUUGGUGA